AUGAAGCUGAUCUAUAAUCUGAUCAUUCUCUUGCUAGUUCUAGCACCACCAGCAAUGGCCGAGCCUUCAUAUAUCAUAGUCUCGAAAAGGCUAGUACCAUGUUAUUCGUACAUUGAAGGGAAAUAUCAUUCAAUCAUGCCAUCAAAUAGGUGCUGCAGAGGACUGAAUGACAUAGCUGAUAUGGUGAGAAAUGGAGAGAAAGAUCGUAUAACUGUUUGCAAGUUUAUAAAGAGAGCACUUUUACAUAUUACUUAUGAACCAUCUCUUAUCGCUAUUGCUUCACAACAGUGUCAAACGCGGUUAUCUCUGCCUCCCAUUGGCCAUAACACCAAUUGUUCUUAG